GAUCCCAUGGCCAAGAUCGACCCGUCGACCUCUUCCGCUCACCCCUCUGUGCCGAUGGUCUCCUCUGGAGCAUCAGUCGAAGGAUUGCUUGUGAUGGUUUUAUCCUGCUUCGCACGAUUCGUGUUUGAACACGUGUCACGAUCUCGUUUCAAGAAGCAUGGACUCUUGGAGGCGGCCUGAAACCAGAACUGAGAGGGGAAUUCCUCUUGGGCAUGGCGACGAGAGCCGCGGCAUCUCUCGCCGUUUCUACCCUCUUCCCUCCGCCAAAUCGCGUUCUUCCUUCGAGCUCCGCGCGGAUCCCCUCUAGCUCCGUGGUGAAACCUUCCGUCUUCCUCGCCUCCCCAGCUGCGAUUCGAGAACCACGGAGUAGGAGCAGGAGGAGCACACGCGCCUAUGGUUUCUCCGGAGCCAAUAUGUCUGUAGCUGCACAGGAAACAUCACUUGCUGUAAAGAAGAAGGCAGCUGAGAUUUUGAAUGAUCUGAAAGGAACAUCCAUAUUUCUUGUGGGGAUGAAUUGCACCAUGAAAACUGAUUUGGGGAAGAUCUUAGCUGAUGCACUGAGAUAUUGCUACUUCGACAGUGAUAGUUUAGUUGAGCAAGCCGCAGGUGGUGUCUCUGCUGCUAAAUCGUUGAGAAAGGAAGACGAAAAGGGUUUUUGCGACUCAGAGACUGAAGUGCUAAAGCAGUUGUCCUCCAUGGGUCGUUUGGUGGUUUGUGCCGGGGAUGGUUCUGUGCAAACCUCGACAAACUUGGCUUAUUUAAGACAUGGUAUCUCGAUAUGGGUAGAUGUUCCCUUGGAUUACUUGGCAAAUGAGAUGCUGAUGGGUGAGGUGUCAUCACCUAUCACAGUAAAUGCACCAGAGUCGGAUUCAUUCUCAGAGCAGGUGCUGGAAUCACUUAUGCAGCAAUAUAAUGAAUUGAAAGAAGGAUUUGGUACAGCAGAUACAACUGUUUCACUCCAAAAGGUAGCCUCUCAGCUAGGUUGCGAAGACUUCACGUCUGUCACCCCAGAGGUCAUGGUGUUGGAGGUUCUGAAGGGACUCGACAGGCUGAUGAGUGUGAAGAAGAUGAUGGAAGCAGCUGCCAAACCAUUUUAACCAAAGCCGUGCUGGAUGCGAUCAGGAAAUGAAACAGGUUGAAGGCACUAGAUUGACCUGAGCUGUUCGAGGGCCAGGCCGUUUUCAUCAACAGCUUCAGGGAGCUGCUGCAAUGCAUCUGUAAUUUAGAGACGGCUGAUUCAAUGGUAGAAAUAGCUUUAGGCACGUGGACGAUAUCCAUUAUCUUCUCUUUUACCUGUCCUUUUUGUUUAGUGGUACUAAAGUGCCAAGAUGCAGCUAGCUACCUA